AUGACCAUAGACCGAGCUGGACGGCCACCGGCUCCGCGACGAACGGCGUCAACUUACAGGAGCUAUGAUGAACUUGGAAUUAUAGACCGCGGUAGACCACUGAGAUAUCGUCAUGGUGGAGUAGAAGAUCUUAGCGGUAUUGAACAACCUAGAGCUUACAGGACAUACGAACCUCAAGAACUUGAUAACAUUACAGUGAUAAGUUCGGAAGAAAUUCCAAGACCUAAAAGAAAACCAAUGGAAGGUCUUGCACACGGCUUUAGGAGAACUUUUUCUGUGAGAAGCAGACGCGAUGAACCUGAAGGUAUUCCAAUGGAAACCUUUAAUGUGACUUGUGAAGAAACGUUCGCGACUGUUAGGGGAGCGCCUUUUGGAAGACGCAGAUCGUUAUCGCGUGACAGAGGAUCGUCGCUGCUCGCGAGAAGUUCAUCAGAAGGCGAUGUGAGGAUGCCUUUACCGAGAGCUCCACCAUCUAACCCAACUCCUCGCCUGCACCGCUGCCUUCGUGCUCUCGGGGGCAGUUGGAAGAAUCUUCUACUAUGUGAGUCACAGGACUUCUCGCCUUAA